AUGUCAGUCAUCGAAUCCCCUAACAAGCAAGUCUUUCAAGUCCAAGAGGUUUACUCAGGCCCACACGGCCAACUCCUAGAGGGUACAACCUAUGACGAAAGAACUGAUACUUUUUUCUAUAUUGAUGUUAAGGCAGGUACCGUUUAUGCUGUUGCCAAUUCCACAGGCUCCACAAAGGCAGCUGAAGAUAAGAUCAAGGCUUAUAAAGUUUCAAAUACUAUUGGGUUUGUAGGGUUAACCACCGAUGUAAAUAAGAUCAUCUGUGCUGUUGAUUUGGGGAUUACGUUACUCGAUUUAACGACAGGUGAAACUGAACAGAUAGCAGCGUAUCCAAACGGCAAUGUUGUCAAUGGGGGCCAAUUGAGGUCCAACGAUGGUGGCAUUGAUAAAGAUGGUACACUUUGGAUCGGUACCAUGGAGGGCGGAUUGCACAGGAGAUUCGGUAGUAUGUACCUAUUGAAACAAAAAGGUGGCGUACUUACUGAGCUUUGGAACGAAUGCUUUAUUCCAAAUGGUAUCAAUUGGGAUGAGAAGAACGGUGUUAUGUAUUGGACCGAGUCGGGCGAACAUACAAUUUAUAAGUAUGACUAUGAUGCUUCCAAUAACCAUGUGUACUUGGAUUCCAAGACUAAGUACUUUGUUGACGAAAAAGAUCCUGACGGAUCAUGUUUGGACAAAGACGGUAAUUUAUACGUUGCUAUAUAUGGAUCCAAUAAAGUCAUUAGGAUCACCCGAAAGGGAGAAAUCGAUAUGGAAUGGAAGUUCCCAUCCCAAAACAUCACUUGCUGUAUCUUUGGUGAUAAAGAUUUGUCGUCACUUUACGUUUCCUGUGGCAAUGGUGCAGCGGAGGGCGACUUAGGCGCUGCAAUUUUCAAGAUUGAUCUCUCUCAAUUAGGAAUUAAGGGUGUUCCAUCUCACAAGUUCAUUUUGUGA